AUGUGCCACACCAGCUGCUCCUCAGGCUGCCAGCCGGCCUGUUGCCUGCCCAGCCCCUGCCAGGCGACCUGCUGCGUGCCCGUGAGCUGCAGGCCCACUGUGUGUGUGCCCGUGAGCUGCAGGCCCAUCGUGUGUGUGGCCCCCUCCUGCCAGUCCUCCGUGUGCCUUCCCGUGAGCUGCCGACCUUCUGUGUGUGUGGCCCCCUGCUGCCAGUCCUCGGGGUGCUGCCAGCCCCCCUGCCCCCYGCUCCUCUGCAGACCCGUCUCCUGUAGCACCCCCGCCUGCUGCUGA